AAUGGGAUAUGUUUGUUGUUUGUGUUAAUUCUUUAUAUAUUUUGGUUAUCUGCCAUUUGCCAGAGAUUUAAUACAAUGACAUGCCCCCUACAAGUUCUCUUUUUAUCCUGUUUGUAUUCCUUUUCUCUGAGCAGAAAUGCUUCAAUUUUAUUCAAAUGAGGUUCUUUAUUUGGUCUUUUGUGAUCUAUCUGUUGUUUAGUCCUUCUAUCAAUUUGUGAAAGAUACCUCUGACUAUUUUUCUUCAGUUCUUUGAUGAUGUUAUGUUUUGAUGAUAUGAAUAUCCAUUUAGAAUUGAUUGUGGGAUAAGAUGUUGACCUAAACCUAAUUUUUGCCACACCGUUUUCCAGUUUUCAUAACAGUUCUUAUUAAAUAAAGAUUUCUGAUAAAUGUUUAUUGACUGACAAAUAGUUUAUAUUUUCUAGCGUAUCAAACACUGGAUUGAGUUCCAUUGUUUCUGACCCAUUAUCAUUUAUUCUCUGUCUCCCUUUUUAAAACUGAUCUUUGUAUUUUUUAUAUAAAACCUUAUAAUUUUAAACUACUAUUAAAUAGUUUUUACUUGGAGGCUUAGAAAUGCUACAUACUUCAUUCAUACUUUUUUCUUUAUUUUUUCCAAGUGAAUUUUGACAUUAUUUUUGUCUGGCUCAGUAAUGGUAACAUACUUUUUUGAAGGGAAGGAGAGGAUACAUACCUUUGUGGAUUCUAACAGGUUAGCACUCAUUUAUGACAUAGGGAUGUGCCAGCUCAUAAUUGAUUAAUUUUUGACUAAUUUUCUUCUCUUGCUAAUAGAACUCUGGUAAUAGCACAACAGGAUAUGAUCUAUGACAACAUUUUAGGGUGUUGUCAUGUUCCUUCAGAAGUGUAGGGUUAUCAUGCAACACACCAUGUCACAUGGUAUCUUUGAAUACGAGGGAGAAAACCCAACUUGGUUUCAUUGGUUUAAAUAUAGUUGAAGACUACAGAGACAAGAUUGAGAGGAGGAAGUACUAUGCAGUAUAUAGGAAAUAGCUGUUAAAGAUAACUCACUGAAAUAUAAGUUUGACUUUAAAAGGUCCAAUAAGUGAAUUUUUAAAAGAAUAGAAUUGCUAAAAAGGAGGUUCUCUGCUGGAUCUGCAAAAGGGAGAAGGAAAAGCAAACUAGCAACAUGGCAAAUGCCCUGGCUAAUGCCCUGUGUGAGCGCUGUAAAGGAGGCUUUGCACCGGCUGAGAAGAUUGUGAACAGCAAUGGCGAGCUGUAUCAUGAGCAGUGCUUCGUCUGUGCCCAGUGUUUCCAGCAGUUCCCUGAAGGCCUCUUCUAUGAGUUUGAAGGAAGGAAAUACUGUGAACAUGAUUUUCAGAUGCUUUUUGCCCCUUGCUGUCACCAGUGUGGUGAAUUUAUCAUUGGUCGAGUUAUUAAAGCUAUGAACAACAGCUGGCACCCUGGAUGCUUCUGCUGUGAUCUCUGCCAGCAAGUCCUAGCAGACAUUGGGUUUGUCAAGAAUGCUGGGAGACAUCUUUGUCGUCCUUGCCAUAAUCGUGAGAAAGCCAGGGGCCUUGGGAAAUAUAUUUGCCAGAAGUGCCAUGCCAUCAUUGAUGAGCAGCCUCUUAUAUUCAAGAAUGACCCUUACCAUCCAGAUCAUUUCAACUGUGCCAACUGCGGGAAAGAAUUGACUGCUGAUGCUCGUGAAUUGAAAGGAGAACUAUAUUGUUUGCCAUGUCAUGACAAAAUGGGAGUUCCCAUUUGUGGCGCCUGUAGACGGCCUAUCGAAGGACGUGUUGUAAAUGCUAUGGGCAAGCAGUGGCAUGUGGAGCAUUUUGUCUGUGCCAAGUGUGAGAAGCCAUUUCUUGGGCAUCGUCAUUAUGAAAGGAAGGGCCUGGCGUAUUGUGAAACUCACUACAAUCAGCUAUUUGGUGAUGUUUGUUUCCACUGUAAUCGUGUUAUUGAAGGGGAUGUUGUUUCAGCUCUGAAUAAGGCCUGGUGUGUGAACUGCUUUGCCUGUUCUACUUGCAACACUAAGUUAACACUCAAGAAUAAAUUUGUGGAGUUUGACAUGAAGCCUGUCUGUAAGAAAUGCUACGAGAAAUUUCCAUUAGAACUGAAGAAAAGACUUAAGAAAUUGGCUGAAACCUUGGGGAGAAAAUAAUUAUUUUUUGUUUGUUUUUUAAAUCUCUUGUUUCAUAUACAAAGAUUAGGAAAUGUUACUUUACUUGAUUUCAUUAACCUUCUUUCGUGGUUUUAUUCCAUAGGAGUAAGGAUUUAAAAGCUUCUAUAACUCAAAUAGCUUCACAAUGUUGUUUUACUGCCCUUUUUUCCUUUAAAAAAAACUUUAACUUUCAUAUGGCCGUAUGUAGAACACAUCUGAAAUUCUCUAUUUGCCCUCUCAACACAAACUCAUUUGUAGAUAUAGACUAUAUUUGCAUGGCAAGUUUCAUAUGAUUAAAUUCAAAUUAAUUAAGGCAAAAAAAAAUCUAACUUAUUUUUAUGAAAGUCUUAGCUUUUGGAUGAUUCAGCUACCAAAUUAUGGAAUAAUUUUGAAUCAGAGUUAAAAGAAAAUUACUGCCAUUUGAGCAAAAAUUAACAUGUAAAUCAUAAAACUUUUUUUGAGUAUCAGAUAAGAGUUCUUGAUUUUCAGAUUGCCAAGAUAGGAAAACAGUUUAUUUGGAACUACUUGAAGUUUGCUAUUUUUCUGUUAAAUGAAAUGAUUAUUCUGCAUGGUUUUAUAUUUUACUCUUAUUCUUUAUGAAUCUUAUUCUUUCAGAUAUAUAAUAAUAGUUUAGGAUAUCUAGCAAAUAUGUAUUCAGUUUUUAAAAUUUCCUUUUUUUGUGUGCAGAGAAUUUAUACCAGGAUUUGAAAAGACAUUAUACUUUAACUAUAUUGGACAUAUGAAGUAUUUUUUUUAAUGUAUUAAAGCAAAUAUUCUUAUCAUGCUUUUAGGUUUUGACAAGUUAUAGUCUUAGAAUAGGAUAUAGAACUCAAUUUUAUGUAAUCUUGGAAUGUUGACACUUUUAAAAACAGUGAAUGUAUGUAUCUAUAUUGGUCAGACUUCUUUUAAUAUUCUCUCUAAUAGCUAUGCUUUAUAUACAAUCAAACUCACUUUGCCUUAGAAAAGUGUGUCUUUUAAUCACAAGCUCUUGCUGCUUGGUACAAUACCAAAUUAAAAAAAAAAAGUGAACUUAAUUAGACUAGUAAACCCAAAUUCCUUUACCAUGGCCUUAAAUAUUUUAAAAAUAUUUUUCCAGAUAAAGUUCAUGGAAUUUAUUACUUGUUUCUCAGAAAGGGAGAGAUGUACAUACUAUGCUUCAGAAUUUCUAUCUUGUUUUCAUUAUUCAGUAAGAUACUUUUUUUUUUCUUACAGAAAGGAAGUAAAUGUAACCUUAGAUUAGACAGAAGCAUUUUCUUAAAAGUUAAUUUUAGCCCCCAGAUAAGAUACUCAACAAUUUUUCAACCUGACAGUCCAUAUGAAUUUGUUACAUAAUAGAAAUGCAAUUCUAGAAACGUUUUUUAUAAAAUACUAUUUUUGGCAUCAGGAUCAGUCUAAGAUAAAGUGCUCAAAAUGAACUCUAAAAGGGAAAAACCUUAGUUUGCCAAAGCAUCUUUGGAAAUGAUUUUUAUGAUUUUUCCAUCUCUUUGAUAAACUGUCAACUACUAGGCUCCCUUGAAUACUUUUGAAUAAGUAGUUAUUUCUCAGACAACUUUCACCAAAGUAAAUUUUCGUAUUGAUUUCAAACUUGCUGUAGCAAAUUACAUGGGUUUUUGUUUUUAGUGUUUUAGCAUCAUAUGGUAGCCCAACAUGUAAACCCCUCAUGUAAAACAUUGAAUUAAUAGGUAGAUUGAAGUUAAGUGUAUUCAUUCAACAGUCUGGAUUCCUGUUAUUUGCAAGUUGUAGGAUCGAUAGAUGCUAAAAAAAUAAUUUUUUCAAUUUAACCUUUGGUUACUUUUCUUUAAAAUUGUGCCUUUAUCAUCUCAAAUAUGACCAGCAACAUAAAAUCUAAAAAAUACUUUUUAAAUACCAGUCACUAAGUUGGAGAGAAUUUUCAAAACUAGUCUAAAUAUUAAGAAGAGCGACACAAAUUUGUCAGAGGAGAGACAGGAAAAAACACCACUACGUUCAUGGAUUGUAUGAGUUUAAUAAGGAUAUACUCAAUACAUAAGUAGGCAAAGUAGGUUUUUGCCUACUAGUAUAUCCCUAAUAACUGAAAUUUUAUUAACAAUUCAUUUCUAUAUUUUGGCAUAGAUGUCAUUUAAAAUGCAGAUUACUUGAGAGGGUCAAUAUCCCUUAACUCUAUAAUAUAUAUUUGCUCAUUACAUAUGAGGUCCUUUGUGGAGGAAAGUAUUAGAGCCACUGGCAGUGUGAAGGGCAGAGAUUAUCAGGGAAGGGAGAAAGUUCUUAGGAAAGGAAUGCCAAAGACAAGCUGCCUACUGGGCAAUUUUUGUCCAUAGACCUUAUUCUAACCACAAUUCUUGUCAGGUUAGUAAGGUUAGUACUAGUUAAGCUUCACAAUUUGUAGACAGUAGUCUGUUCUACAUCUUUGUCUUAACAUUUAAGUCCUUGGUGUAAGAAACUAAAUGUUAUGAAAUAAACCAUGGCGCUUACUUACAUGUGAGUAGGUGCAAUUUCUCUUAGAAAUAAGCCAAAUAUGUAGGGGAAAUAUGUUAAGGUACAAAGAAAAUUGACUAUUAACACUAUAUUUGAAAUAAGACAUUAUGUUGCCUUACCUAUUUGCUAAAAUAGCUCUUUCCAAGUGAAAGAAAAUGUAAAAAGGCUAAUAAUAUACCUAAAUCUAUGACUUCUAGAUUGUAAGCCUAAUGGCAGGGACACUAUAUUAAUAUUUUAAUGUCUUAUCUAGCAGUAUAUCCUUGGUGCUUAAUAAAUAUUUAAAAUAAUUAACA